GUUGUCAACGCGUCCAAGCGCUAUGUUGCGUCAUCAACAAGCGCUGGCUGAGGCGGGAGCAGCAAGAGGAAGUGACGUCAAAAACUAGCGCUUCCUAGUGGAACCCGAGCAGGGAGCUCGUUGGGGCCAUGGCCCCUCGGCGCCUCCUAUUGGUUGGGGAGGGAAAUUUCUCCUUCGCCGCCGCAUUAAGCGAGACCCUGGAUCCCAGCUCGAGUCUAACCGCCACCUGCCUCCAGCUCCCAGCCGAGGUGGCCCGGGAUCCCGUGGCCGGGGAGAAUCUGCGUCGCCUUCGUGAGCGAGGUACCAAGAUACGUUUUGGUGUGGACUGUACCCAGCUGGCAGAUGCUUUUGAAAUGCACGACAGGGAGUUCGAUCAAAUUUGUUUUAACUUUCCGCACUGUGGACGCAAAGCUGGAGUAGCUAAGAACAGGGAACUGCUUGCCAAGUUUUUCCAGAGCUGUGCAGAUGUUCUUGCAGAGGAAGGAGAAGUACAUGUGGCAUUGUGCAGAGGACAAGGUGGGACUCCUGCUGAUAAUCCCACAAGAGAAUGGCACAACAGUUGGCAAGUGGUUGCCAUGGCAGCUCUUGGAGGAUUCAUUUUAAGUGAUGUGCAUUCCUUUAGCUGUGAGGCUGUGCCAGGGUACAAGUGCACUGGAUAUAGGAGUCAAAAUAAAUCCUUUCAUGUAGAAGGUGCUUUGAACCACGUCUUCACUCGGAGCUUACCCUUUGAAGGUUUGCAACCAAGAAUCUUCAGGAUCAGACUGGGUGGCCAGUGGUUUUCCUUUCCAGAACCAGAAGCACUUGUAGGAAAGUUGAAUAGGGGUUUCCUAGAAGCAUCUUCCCGUCAUCCUAUCAAAACCAUCAAUGACAAACUCAUUGCUGAAUUGGGCAAAGCUUUCCCUCUAAAAAGGCUGAUGUGUUCCUUCCCUUUGCUGCCAGAGAGAGAAACCAGAGUUCUCACUUCCUGGAACUGUGACAUUCUAUCAGCUGCCUUUUGGAUUAAUCCCCUCGAGGAGAACUCAAAUUCUGAGUCCCUGACAGGUGGGACACCACAAGACAUGGAGGACUUUCUAGUGUCAUUUUCAGAACUUAGCCUUUCCAGGAGCCCUGGAAGAGUUGGUAAGGAAGAAGUUCAUGAAGGAAUCUAUGACCAAGCCAAGAUCUGGCUUAGACCUUCUCUCCUAGUUCAUGUUCAGGCUGUCAUCCAAGCACCAGACUUCCUCCCAGGUUCUUUACACAUCCUCAGUGGACCUGUCUUUCGGAAGUGCCACAUCUCGCCUUUCACAAUGCAAGCAUUUCAUGAAACUUUAUUUAUCCUUGGGUUUAAUCAAAAUCUAAAGGAUGACUGUCUUCAGUCCCUACUGGACCACCUGAAGGGCAUUCUAGAUAGCCUUCUGACUCAGACAUUGCCGGAGGGCUCCAAACAGAGCAAUUCAGUGGAAUUCAUCUUUCAACCAAAUGGGAAAGAUUAUAUAAUUGAUGUGAAGUCUCAUAAUUUUGGCCUAGAUUGUGCCAAGGAUCUGAUUAUUGGGUCUGUUACCACAUCUGUUCCAAGCAUUAUACAUGAGGACCAGAGUUUUGUGUUUGUGUCAAUAAACUUGGACCUAUUAGCCAUGCUUGUCUGGGGUAUCUCUGACUGGAGGAUGUUGUGGACCUUUGAUAAACGUUUCCUGAAGAAUUUUGUCCCUGGAAAAAUAGAACCCUUUAAAAGCUAUUCUCUAUAUCCUCCAAGCUAUGUGCAUGAUAUUAGUUUUUGGUUAGAUGAGAGGAAAGGAUUUGAUGAACUAGAGUUUCACACUGUGGCCCGAGCAGUGUCCCAGGACACUGUCAUAUCCAUACAAUUCCUUAGUCGUUUUCAGCAUCCUGAGACUGAACAGGUCAGUCUCUGCUAUAGACUGACCUACAAGGCUUGUGACAAGGCCCUUACCCGACAGCAGGUAGCAUCAAUGCAGUCCCAGUUUAGGAAAGAGAUUCAACAACGACUACAUGUGACACCUCGGUAGUUUAGUAAAUUUAUUUCUCAAUGUGAUCCUCAUGAGUGUGGGAUAAAAGAACAAUUUAUAACUGAGAGUCCGUGAACAAUGACAACUUCACCAUAAUCAGUGGGAGUGGUAGAUGCCAUUGAGUCACACAUGUACUGUGUGAUUGUUGCAUUCCAAAUGACUGAGUGAGCAUAGCAAUGAACCUGCAUCAGAUUUUGCAUUAAGCUUGACUAUUCCUCUGUGGAAACCAUUUGGAUGAUUCAGAAGGCUGCAGUUAUGGGCAGCUGGUGAUUGGCAGCUUUAUCAUCACAACAUACCCACUCAGGUCUUGUGUAGAGUUUUUUGGUGAGACAUCAAAUCACCCAGGUGACUCGGCUCCCCUGCAGCCAAGACUUCAUGCCCUGUGACUUGUGGCUUUUCCCAAAACUAAAAUCACCCUUUGAAAGGGCAGAGAUUUCAGACCAUCACUGAGAUUCAGGAAAAUAGGACAGAGCAGCUGAUGGUGAUUGGGAGAAUUAUGUGAGGUCCCAAAGUGCCUGUUUUGAGGGGCCUGAGGUGUUGUUGUCCUAUAUACAAUGUGUCUUGUAUCUUGUACC